GGGGUGGGCCUAAGGUGCUUACGACGGACACCGGUCACAAUACAAAGGCACGAAGAAGAUUCUCGAAAGCUCAUGAGCUGGGGGAGAGAGAGAGCGAGGGCCAGACAGCGAGAGAGAGGGAGAGAGAGAGGGGGAGGGAUUCAGAGAGUGCUUAGGUCCGAGAGAGAGAAAGAGAGAGGAGAAGUACGUGGGGGUAGAGUACAAGUGGCGGUGUGAAACGCGAGGGGGGCAAGAGGAUUCUCGGAGGAAUCAGUGAAGCGAAGCUGGAGCUGGCAGGGCGGCGACGCACGUCAUGCGUCCUUCUCUGGCACUGUCUGCUGCGCGUCGUCGGCACUACUAGAAGCCUGUUCUCGUCACGUCGAUGACAACGAUUUUCUAAUCGCAGCCUCUCGAUCGAUCCUCGCCCGCCUCUCGCCCCUCAAGGCGGUAAAUAGCAUGCUCUCGGCACAUUCUGCAGCGGCACAGUUUUGCAUAGAUCCGAUCGAUUGUUCGAGUGCCCGCUCCCGAAGGAAGGAAGACUGAAAGUCGACAGACUGAAGGAAGGAGGAGGUCGAAGAAGGCGAAAUUUUUGACGGCCAGCUUCAGCAGAGGACGAGCGAUGGCGCCGCACGAGUCUCAUCACGUAGAGAAGCAUUUUACGGCGGGGGAGUUCGUUCGCGAUGUGGUCAUCGGUAUGUCAGACGGGCUGACAGUUCCCUUCGCCCUGGCUGCGGGACUCUCUGGAGCGGCCGCCCCUUCUUCGAUUGUAGUCACGGCCGGUCUGGCUGAGGUAGCCGCCGGCUCCAUCGCUAUGGGCUUGGGCGGAUAUUUGGCGGCAAAAAGUGAUGCAGAUCACUACUGGAGUGAGAGGAAGAGAGAGGAGAAGGAGAUUGAAGAUGUUCCUGAUACAGAAGCAGCCGAGGUAGCGGAAAUUCUGGAGAACUUCGGCCUGCAGCCGGAGGAGUACUGGCCUGUUGUGAACGCUCUCCGCAAGCGCCCCGAUGCGUGGGUCGACUUCAUGAUGAGAUUCGAGCUGGGGCUGGAGAAACCGGAUCCCGGAAGGGCGUUGCAGAGUGCACUGACGAUCGCGGGGGCUUACAUCGUGGGGGGCAUCAUCCCCCUGUUCCCGUACAUAGUCAUCCCCCAAGCGCUCGAGGCGCUGAAGAUCUCGGUGGGCGUGACGCUGGUGGCGCUGCUCGUCUUCGGCUUCGUCAAGGGCUUGUUCACCGGCACCAAGCCCCUCGCCAGCGCCAUCCAAACGGCCGUUAUCGGCGCGGUGGCCUCGGCCGCCGCCUUCGGCAUCGCCCGCGCCAUCAACAACUGACCCUUCUCCCCCUCCGUCCCCCUACCCCUCCCCCCCAUCCCCAAACCCCAACCCCAUCCCUCUCGCGCGGACGGCUCAUACAGUAGCACCAUUUAUCCAUCCGUCCAUUUAUCCAUCUAUCCAUUCAUACACCUCACCACCGCCGUCGACCAUCUCCGUCCGGCCAGAACUGGCAACAUCAUCAUCAGAGCGAGCACACCCGGUUCGAACCACAUGGCAACCGCGGUGCUCGCGGACGGACCUCUGGCUGCUGGCUGCAUCCAAUCGUCGACGUGCCUCUUUCCUGGUUGCCGGUGGGAGGAAGUCCCUCCCCCUUCAUUCCUUCCUUCCUUCAGCCCGAAUGGAUUUUUACACUACGGUCCCUCCGCCGUAUCCCUCGUUCCUUCGGUCGUCAGACUGGACAGUCCCAGAUCGCGGCCCGUCACGCUGUACACUAAUUUCUAGCCCCGCAGCGGCGGAGCAAUAAGAAGGCGGCGGCGGGGGCUGGGCUGGGGGCUGGACCCGACUCGAGCGGACGGGUCUCGAGCCAGCCAUCCAUCAUGACGAAGGCGAAGCACCGAAUCGAUCGACGACGACUGUGGCAUGGUGCUCCGAAGGUAGUCUUACUUAUUUUCGUUUCUUACUAGACGACUGAAACGGUGGAGGUGCCAGCGUCAUGUUUGAGUAUGACGGCAUCGUAUACGACAGCGAGCCCGUCCCCGGAUUUCGGUCUGCGAUCUCCGGACGGAUGGACUCGCGAAGAAUGUAAAGGUUCAAUCGACACUCGAUUAGAAAAAAUGAAUGCAAGACAGACAUACAGACAGAAAGAAAUUAAGAAAGAAAGAAAAGGUCCGGCGCCGCUCUUUGCGUGCGUGCCUUCCUAUAUUACGACUGAAGUCAGACUCCAUUCGAUCUCUUCUGCAUGGUUGUCAUAAGUCAUCCUCCUCCAUCUUAUCACUCCCUCGAUCGUAUCGAGGAGGGAGGAGUGCAACUUGCCUUUCUGAUUUGUUCGUCGAGCUUCUCAACGACGCGUGUGUGAGUCAUGGCGAAUUGCCUCGAAUUGUAUCGUAUCGAUAUGUUGAUGCAACAUCCUGUCGU